AUGGCUGAAGAAUUAAAGGAAGAAGUCUAAUUUGAUCGCACUAAGGGAUUUGUUUGUUUAUCAUAACCUUACAUCAAAGUUAAGGAUAGUCAAGAUGAAGAUGUUAAGCAAUUUUUAGUUGAAUAAAAUUACUAAUAGUUUAUGGAUUCUAUAAACGAGAGCCAAUUGAACAGCAAAGGUGUCCCAUACUAUAAUUUCACAUUCUACGAAAUUCAAGAUUAUGAAUCUCCUUGUUCUUUCUUCCCUGAGGAUAUAAAGAGCUCAGAUGAAAAUGAAGUUUAACCUUUAGACUGGAAUCUGUAUAGCUCAUGCUGUAGGAUUUCCCAAAGCAGAUAUAUUCUUACUGGAGGUGUUAAGAUGAAUUUAGACUACAUCUAAGUAUUUUAACAAAAGAAUGUUUUGAGUAAAUAAUGUAAACAGAAAGUAAAGGAAUAUCAAGAAUAUAUAAAAUUGCUUCAAUCAAAGCAAGAAGGAGAGUCAGAACAAGGAUAGAGAAUCAGAAUGCUUAAAGCUGUAGAAAAAGCUUCAACAAUCAAAUAGAGUGAGGUUGCUUGGGAAGAUGAGGGUGAAUUUGAAAACUAAAAGAAGUUGUUUGCUUAAAUUUUAUAGAAUGAAAUCCAUAAAUUAAAACUUAAAUGUGAAAAAGAAAUGGUAAAGCUAGAUAAGAAAUAUUGUGAGGAAAAUAACAUAGAAUACAGAUAAAAAGAAGAUUUGCCUGAAGAUGCACUUAUUUUUAAUUAAUACUCCCCUUACUCCUCAGAAGUAAUUGAAGUUGUUUUCAAAUUUAAUCCUGAAGAAGAAUAGUAUGAAUUUACUGCAAAAUAUUUAGAUAACAUGCCAAAAUGUUUGAGUAAUCAUGCUAGCAUCUUCCACAAAGGAAAGGUAUAUGUAUUUGGAGGAGUUUGCUAAUAAGUUUUGCUAAACACAGUGUAUGCUUAUGAUAUUAUAAGUGAUACUUGGUCAGAAAUGCCUAAGAUGAAUCUUCCUCGUAUUAACUUAAGUGCAGCUUCCUUGGGUGAUUUCAUUUAUGUUAUUGGUGGUAACACAACUAACUUCAAUGACGAAUAAAACGGAUUUGAAUAUACAACUCUAGAAAGACUCAAUACUGCUGCUGAAAAUCCAGUAUGGGAAAAGUUAACUUUCAAAAGAAAAUUAAAACCUUCCUUCAACUACUUAGUAAAUCAUCAACUUAAGCUUUUGUCUUACAAAAAUCAACUGCUUUUGAUAGGAGGAACAAGUUUAAAAUAGGACAGUGAUGAAGCAAAAUAAUCUGUUUAAGUGUUUUAAAUUGAAAUUGCAGGAGAAAAAUGGCAAAUUAAUGCUUUAGAAUCAAGUUUAUAAGUAAGAAACGGAGAAGUAAUUUCUAAAAGCACCUACAAGGGUAAAGAAUGUUUUUAUGUCUAUGGUGGAGUUCCAUAGCUUAAAUUAGAAUGUUUUGAAUUAGAAGUUAAUGAUAAAGAAGUCGUCUUUGAGAAAAUAUUAGAUUGUGAUUACACAAAUGAAAUAAAUGAAUAUUUUGAUGAUCAUGUCGUAUGCUAACCUAAAUUAUUUUUAGAUUGA